CAAGCAACCAGAGAAUAUCUGGCUUGGUAUGUGUUCAUUUGUUGAUUUGGACCGUCUAUUUUAAACCACCAAGCAUUUUACUUUUUAAAAAUUUUUGUUUCCGAUUAUUUUCUCAGGUUUGAAUCGAACACAGAAGUUGCCAACAGGGUGAAUGCUGAGAUUGUCACCAAAGCUGAGACGGCUACUAUAGGGGAAUUGUUAUCUUACAUGAAGCAGGAAGGGGCAAAGGUAGCUUGGUUCGAAUGCACAGCCACUAUUGAUGAUGUUGUGCAUGAUUCGGCGUGGUAUUAUAUUGCUUGUGGUGGGUGCAAGACUAAAGCAACCAAAGGGCCUACCACACUUAUGUGUAAGAAGUGUGGAAAGACUGAUAUUGUCGGUGCUUCGGAGUAUCUCACGAAGAUCGCUGUCUAUGACAACAAUGACCACGCUAGCUUUGUGCUUCUCGGUGAUGCUGGGCGUGAGUUGACUGGGAUGAAAGCCUCAGAAUUGGUUGAGAGCUACUUUGAGGCAAAUGAAAGCGUCGGAGAUGAUCAUGUAGUCCCGGUGCCACAUUCUCUGACUGAUUCCAUUGGACAGACCCGCACGUUCAUUAUCAAGGUGUCAAAACACAACCUGGAUGGCAAGACCCAGUCUUUGACUGUCACCAAAGUUCUUCCUCUGGAAGUUGGGGCACUUGAAGGCAACAUAGAUGAGGACGUGGAAGAGGAGCCUGCUGAUGAUAAUGAUGGAGGUGCAGAUGUGACUGUGAAAAGGAACUCUGAUGGGAUCGAGUCUGGAGAGACCAAGAGUGCCAAAUGUGGCUAAUAAACUUUUAGUACUGUUUCUUUGUUUUCAUAAAGACUAUGCUUUGUUUUUUCAUCUUCGGCCUUUGCUUUUGUGUCAUUUGAACACUCUUGGUGUUUAAUUAAGACUAUGCUUUGUUUUCUUCCUUUUUGCUUAAUACUUAAUUAAGAAGGUGUUGAAUGAUAUGAGUAAAGGAUAUAAUUGGUUGAUUAGAAGUCGUUAA